CUCAUUUACACGAAUUAAUAUCCAUCUGCACACACAUCCAAGAGCCACCCUAAACCCGUUAGGCUGACUUCCCAAGAUGGUUACACUCUUCAUGUAAGAUUGUAUUCUAAAACGUGACAACAACACCAUCUACUCUAACGAAUCGUUAGUAACGAUCAUAAGCCUUAGCUAAAUUCCCACUCUACCUUUAACAUGACAACUACGCCGGAUCCCCGCCAACUUUCUCCGGACCCUCGCCUCUCCUCUCCAGCCACCUACUCACGCGAAGUCGCCAUUUCCAGCAUCAUAUCUCUGUACCAGAGCAUACCGCACAUUGACCCUGCUGACAUCCAGUUUCCGCCACACGGCGGAUGGCCGGAAAUCACCACUGCUUCCCUCGCGGAGCGGGGGCUACACAAGACCGACGAGGUAGUGGAAUUAUUGCAAAACAUACCUUUCAUUGCGGGCAUCCGUCCGUGGGUAGCGCCUGACUCGUUUGCCCUUGACUACCGUCGCGUUCUAAAGGAGAAGGGGAGAGCAGCUGUGUUCGUAUGGGAGUUGGCCGGCUACGAUGACAGUGAAUCUGUCCCGCCGUGGGUGGUUCAGAUUACCACUGGCACCGAUCAAAUGUUAGCGGCUUACAUGCUAGACACCUCGGAUGGCACGUUUACAAGGUACAUGCAAAUAGUCGUGUACCCCGAGCCGACUAGUUUAUACAGCACGGACGACCCGCGCUGUUGGCGGAAUGUGUGCGACGAUCAGACUUGGCCAGUUGAACAGCUGGUACAGGAAUGGCAAGCCAAGUAUCGCAGCCUAGAGUGGUUAGGUUUACCGGGGAACAUGAAAUGGCCAAGCGUUCUGGUGUACGACGGCGAACCAAAUGGUUGGUUAUCUAAAGAGUGUAUUAAGAUGCAGGAGAUUUACCGCGAGCAUGGAUGGCCUCACAACUACAGGGGCGGCGAGUGCCGCGCGGCCGUUCAGAGUUAUUGGGACAACAGGCAUAAUACAGCGCAUGCCCCGCCGCCAACCCUUUAACCACUGAAGCAAAUAUCUCGGCCGUAGCGUCAGAUGCCCUACUAAUAAGUAUCGGACGGGAGGCUGCGACGACGAGGAAACAGAGGUGGUCCAGGACACUAACAACCACAGCGAGAAUGGCGACCAGACGUGUACGGGAGGUAUUCAGAGCUACUGCUGCAAGAGGAGCUUCCUUUCGAGAGCUGUGCUGAUGAAACCUGCUCCCGUGAGAUAGAGGCGCUUGAAAGAGUGGUUCAAGCUAUGAGGGAGCAGGCCGAGAUUGAUGCUACGCCCCUAACGUCGCCAUCUGAGGUUUCUGUUGAGUUGGCGACACCUGUUACAGGAAAUGAUGCCUUGGUUGCACCGACUAGUCAGCCUAAGUCGGGGUCUGGGAGAUACUUGGCUCAUCCGCGACAGACGGGGGUUUCUUAUGUGUAAAAAUAUAGAGAAUGUAAGAGGGUAGUCUCUCUAUAUAAGAGGGAAAUAUAACGUUAUAUGUUAUAAUUCCCUGUCUAUAUUUUUUCAUCCCUAUUAAUAAGCCUAUUAAUCCCAUUUAUUCAUAUUACUACCUAUUUUCGUACGUAGUUUAAGAGAGCUUCGUGCUCAGCCCAGCAUAG